AUAAAUCACGCUUGGACUUCUGUUAGUCGCCGAACGUCUCGUUCGGCCCAAUAUCGAUACUCAUCGCAUCUGACCCGCUCGCCAACACGUUCUCUUCAAGUUCGGCCUAGCCGCCCAUCUCGACACACAAUCAUGUCCGCUGUGAAACGACUGCCUGGAGGAGGCCCGAGGGGUGACAGGUCCGACAGCGGACCAUCGCGCGCACCCAGUCCGACAUAUACCGCGUUUAGCGGUAUCUCCAACUACAGAAACACAGGUUCGAUGCGAGACGCACCACCUCCCCUUCCCAGCUCCGACAGCCGCAACAUCGCACGCACACACUUCGAGGAACUCCGUGUAUACCUAAGGGAAUACCUCGCACGCGAACCUGCCAAUUCUCGUUCAGCAGCGCGCCAGAAGCUUACGAGAUUGACUCGACAACAGUUUCAAGAACUCUCCACGGAUGUGUACGACGAACUGCUGCGACGGAAAGCGAACGAUAAGGGCAGUGAAGUACCGUUCCUCCCCGUUCGCGACGAGUUCCACCCCAAACGCAACCAAGCCCGCCAGAAGCUUGCGACUCUCCCGACCAGCCGCUUCCAAGAUCUCAGUUCGGAUGUGUACUACGAACUCUCAAGGCGCUACCCUGAGUUCCUCAACGCACCAGAACCUCCUUCGCCAGCCUCAGAAUACGACGAACCAGUGUCACCUGAAUUGCCCAGCUCGCCGCCGCCUCCAGUGCCGAAGGGCCCUCGACGGCCGAGCGAAGACAUGUACGGCGGGCGGUCGAGUCAAGAGGGCUACUCCUACGGCGGACGGUCGAGCCAGGACCGCCGUCGCCCGUCCGAAGACCGCCGGUCAAACGCGCGUUCUGAGGACCCGUACGGAGGCGUGGAUGACGAUUCCUACUCACAGCCGGCCCCCGCCCGGCGCGGCCCCGCGAACUCAUUCCGCGACCCCAACGAACGCCGCCGGCCAAGCGAGGACUCCACGGCCAGCCGGCGCAAACCAAGCGCAGACACGUCGCGGUCGAUGUCGACCUUGCGCGAGCGGGAAAGGGAACGAGACAGAGACAGGGAGGGCAGCGUGGCGAGCGGGGAGCAGACGGCGAUGAGCGGAAUGGUGAUACCCAGCAAGAGCACGAUAGCGGAGGAAGAGAUCGAGGUGCCGUACGGUCGCGAUGGGGGAGAUGAGUACGAGCCGGACGAGAGCCCGCGCACGGCGCGCUCGCGAAACGGGCGGGAUCCGUUUGACAAGGAGCCUGAGCCGGAGACGGGCAGCGAGGGCGGGCUGAGCCCGCGCACGCCACAGCUGGGCCUCGGCGGGGGUGGGUUUGGUGGGCUGAGCGGGUUGAGUGCGAGGUUGCGAGAGGUUGGAGAGGACGAUGAGCCGGUUCCGGGGAGGGGAGGCGGAGCAGGAGCGAGCAGGGAGGUGGAGGAGCGGAUGAGGAGGGACUACGAGGCACAGAUCAAGGAGCUGCAGGGGAAGAUUAAGAGUCUGGAGCGAGAGGUGGGGGAUGUGCAGGAGCUGGAAAGCAGGGCAGCGGACGCGGAGGCGCGGGUGAGACAGCUCGAGGAUGAGCUUGAGAACAUGCGUCAGCGGACGGACGAACAGAGCGCGACGAUGAGGUCGCUCCGCCGUGAACUCGACGAGCUGCGCGAGGACCGGGCCCGGGACGCCGACGUUGCUGCACGGCGCGCGCAAGAAGAUGACGACGAGAUCCGGAUUCUGCGCGAGCGCUGUGAGGUCCUCGAGCAGGAACGGGGCAGCGGCGUCGGCGGGGCGGAUCAUCAGCUUGUGGCGCAGCUGCAGACAGAUAUGGAGGGCCUGCUCGUGGAGCUGUCUGACUUGAGUCGACGGAAUGAUGAGCUGAUGAACGCCAAGGACGCGGACCUGGCAGUCAUACGCGAUCUGGACGCACAGAUGAAGGAGUACAAGCGCAAGUACGAGCUUGCGAAGACGGAGCUGCGCAGUGUCAAAGCGACGUCCCAGCUGUUUUUGCAGGCACCGAGACAGGCAGAGGAUCAACUCCCGGUUUCGCGUGACGGUGGCAUUCUCGACAUCCAUGUUACCGCCUUCCUCACCGCCAUCGACGCGCUCCUUACUGCCGGCCGCUCUAACUCGCCGACGCGUGUGCUGACACCGAUGAAGGCUGUCGUGAACGCCGUCAGCGCGAUUCUAGACGACACGCGGGCUUUCGAGCGGCGCACUUCUCGCGACGUCGACGUUGAAGCCUUACGGGGUCUACAGGAGCGGUGCGAGGCGACUCUCGGUAAUCUCGUCGCGGCGAGCAAGACACACGCACAAAGUGCGGGUAUGUCACCCGUUAGCCUGCUCGACGCGGCAGCGAGCCACGUGUCGGCGACCGUCACGGAGAUCGGAAAGACCCUGUGCAUACGCAAAGCGACCAAGGCCGAGCAGGAACAGUUCGCGCCACUACCGGUGACGAGCCCGACUUCCGCGAGUAACGGGUUCUUGCCCUCGUUGCGGUCGAUUGAGGAGCGAGCCACCCGUGAGCGGACACCGAGCGCAUCAAGCUCGCGCAGAGGCGAUUACUCGUCGCCCGUGCCAUCGAUCGACGCACUUAUGUCCCCUUCGCGCAUGUUCGCCGCCACCAGAUCAGCAGAGGACAGGCGGCCUCCGCGCGAGCCGUCUGAGCGCUCAAGCUCGAACGCGAGCUCCCCUCCACCCAUAUUUGAUCAGGUGCCAUCCGCAGGACAUGGAGCGACAAGCGAUGAUUCCGGGCCAGCGGACGGAGACGGUACGGAAGAUGCUUGGCUUGAGCUCAAGCCGUAUUUGGAGGCACAGACCGAAUCCAUCGUAUACGCCAUCCAGAGCGUGUUGUCUGGUGUCCGAAGUCCGACGCCCCCGCCGACCCUCAAUGAAAACCUGACGCAGAUCAUUACGAUUGUCGCUAGCAUCGUUGCGGUCUGCAAGGAUAACCUCCCGCCAGCGUCGGCAGCAACCGGGAACGAUAUCCUCCGCGAGCUCAGCGACCACGCGAACAAGCUCAGCGAAGUGCAGUCCUUGCCGGAGCUCACGAAGGACUCGCGGCAGAUGAUGGCCAAAUCAAGCUUUGCCAUCGCGAAUGCGAUGAAGGGCCUGAUGAAACUGUAGUGCGCGUUUCUCCCCCAUGACUACUGUUCAUACACUAUUACCGCCAUCACGCGCU